AUGAUUUCCGUUACCCACCAGGGUCGAGAAAAACAGUUUGCUGCAGAAGAGAUCUCAUCCAUGAUUUUGGCAAAGAUGCUGGAGAAAAACAUUGAAUUAUCAACCAAAGUAAUGAGAUACUUCAGUAGCGCAGUCUUCAAAACCAAUGUAGUCAAUCUUGCUCAGACAAUUUCUGAAGCUGCAACCUGCGACCAAGCAAUAGAGAUUCAAAUUCAGUCGUCAAGAUUUUCCUCGGUAUUGAACACCAUGCUUGGGACAAAUGAAGAAGGUACCCGGUUUUCCAACGCUUUUGAUGAAGCAAACGCAAAUACCUUCUAUCGUUAUGUUGAUAUCUCCUGGAAGAUCAGACGGACCCUAACCCACCUAGGCGCUAGGCCCCCGCCUAGGUUUGUUUUUUUGCUUCUCCUGACUUUAAAGAAAACCUACGUCUAUAACGUGAUGAUCAGAGCAUAUGCGUGUACAAAAAUCAGUGUUGCGGAUGAAACUCUUUCUUCGUUUGGGUGGUUGUUGCUGUAUAAGCAAAUGCUCUGCGAUGGCAUUUCACCUAAUUGUCUCAAUUUUCCAUUCCUUGUAAAAGAAUGCACGAGUAGGGUUGAUGGCUGCACAGGCCGGAGCUUCCAUGCACAAGUCGUUAAGUAUGAUGUUUUUGUUCAAAAUUCUUUGAUUGGCAUGUACUCUGCAUGUGGGUUUCUGAAUAGUGCACGUACCUUGUUUGAUGAAAUGUUGGAAAGGGAUGUUGUUUUGUGGAACUCGAUGAUUAAGGGGUAUUUGAGAAGUGGGAAUCAUGAUGGCGCAUUGAAUCUGUUUGGGAAGAUGAACGAGAGAGACAUUAUUACUUGGAAUUCCAUGAAAUGCAGUUCUAACAAUUGCCUGUGUCCUUGCAGCUUGUGCUCAUCUUGGUGCAAUUGA